CAGGGUUGACAGCUGUUCCUGGUGUACCUAUAUGCUAGUUACACUAAACCAAUCAGCGUGCCGACCUCACCUUUCCUUGCACUUCGACAUUCGACGAGCGCAAAAAAAAAUUGUUGCGGCGAGCACCAUACGAGCAACGAGCCUACUGCGAUUCCAUUUCGAAUCUCAGAUGAGUUUCUACUCGGCCGCGAAAGCGAACGCACGUGUCGCGAGCGUUGAAAAACAUGUGAUUUUAUAUGUAUGUGGAAAUGUGAACGAUUUAUGUGGUUUUCAAAAUUUUAAGUUUUCUACAAAAUGGAUACAUUUCAGAGGAUAAUUCUAACCGGACAUGAAGUGCAAAGGAAUUGAAAACACGAAACAGGAUCAUUUCGUCGACUAUGGGGGAAUUUGUUAAUGAUUCGCUUCUGGAAUACGUUCAAGGCAAUGAUAAUGUAAGAUCCUUACCACGAUUUGUGACUAUCAUCGCAGCUGCAUGCGCUAUAUUGUUUAGUGUUGUUGGAGUUUUAGGAAAUUUAAUAACCGUCAUAGCUUUAUUGAAAUAUGCAAGGCUAAGAAAACAUGCAACGACAUCUUUUGUUAUAAGUCUUAGUAUUUCAGACUUGAUAUUUGCAGCCGUGAAUUUGCCUUUGACUGCUUGCAGAUAUUUAUUUGAGGCAUGGCUACUUGGAGACGCGCUUUGUCAAAUAUUUCCCUUAUUUUUUUAUGGGAAUGUCGCCGUAUCACUUCUUAGCAUGGUGGCAAUUACACUUAAUAGGUAUGUGCUGAUAUCCAGAUCGGACCUCUACCCCCAUAUUUACACAAGCAAAGGUAUAAUCCUCAUGCUCGUUGCCAUCUGGACCCUGAGUUUCUCCCUUCUGAUUCCUUCCCUGUUUGGAGUUUGGGGUCGACUUGGAUUCGACGAAAAGACUUUUUCGUGUACAAUAUUAAAAAAGAAUGGCAAAAGUCCAAAAAAAUUGCUCUUCGUUCUGGGCUUCCUGGUACCUUGUAUAGUCAUAACUGUUUCUUAUCUCUGCAUCUACUGGCGUGUGAGGAGCAGUCGUAAAAAUUUGGAAGCCCAUACCGGAGGAAAGAAGAAAGGAAAUGGAUUUCAAAAAAGAGAAGAUUCCAGAGUAACAAGACUGAUGCUGACCAUUUUCCUCUGCUUUGUGCUCUGUUUUAUGCCCCUCAUGAUAGCGAAUGUCAUCGAAGAUAAGGUCCAGUUACCAAUUCUGGACGUGAUAGCAUCCAUUCUCGCUUGGGCUUCCUCCGUGAUAAAUCCUUUCAUUUAUGCCGGUACGAAUAAACUUUAUAGAGAAGCCUAUCGGCAACUACUCUGUCGAGGGAGCAGAAGAAAUCCAUCACUUGGACCAAACAAGAUAAAUUCACACUCAAGCAAAUGUUCUUCCCAGCCCACAUGACGAUUAAGGGAUCAUUCAGUCGAUUCAUAAAAGCAACUACCCAUCGACUGAUUGAUCUGAAAAAAUCAUUUUGAAAGUGAAAAAAGGAUUCGUGAAUCCGUAACUGCGGCGAAGGACAAUAACUUUUGUAGAUCUGAAAAAUGAAGAAUAAUAUUAAGUAAUUUCGAAAAAAGUUCAACUUUCUUUUCAAUAUUAUGGCGUAUAAAUCAAACAACUCGUGUCUUAAUAUUGGAGCAACUUGACCAUCAAGUGCUCUGUACAAUCAAGUAUUAUUUUACUUUAAGAGCCAGUCAUAACCAGUGAAGCUUUUAGAAUUUUAAGUAGACUUAAAAAACGACUUAUACUCAAUUGUAGUUACCUUUUGUAUAUUUCCUACUGUCACUAUUUUUAUAUGCUAGUUUUAUAUCCUAGUUUUAAGACUGUAAACACAUUUGCAAUUGAAAAACAAUUUAAUAUAAAAUGGACUGUAAUCGAAUAUACAACCUUUUUGGUAUUAAAUUAUAUCUGUAAAUACAUGAAUUUGUGUUUGUUAAGUACUUAAGUAAAUGCACAGAAGAUAUAUAAAAAUCUAGG